AGCGGCCCCGGCAAGAAGCGGAUGAAUGUCUGUAGAUUACGCCUAACAGUGCCACCGGAUGAAGGCUCAUUUUCUGAACAAGGAGCAAAUAAACUGGAAAGAACAAAAAAACAACCCUACCAUGUACCGAAUGGACUGUCUACAGGGAAGUUCUCUGAUGGCAUGGUGUAUGGUGUGGUGCACAGGACUGACAAUAACCAUAAGAAAGAAAUGGUGGUUUAUGGGUGGUCAGCUCAUCAGCUGAAAGAAGAGAUGAAUUACAUUAAAGAUGUGAGAGCAACUUUGGAAAAAGUAAGAAAGAAAAUGUAUGGAGAGUAUGGUGAAAUGAAACGGAAAAUACAGCAACUUACAAAUGAAUUGACAAUAACAAAUGUUGAAAAGGAAUCCUUAGAGAGUCACAUGCAAGUGCAGGCUGCAGCCUUGGACAGCUUCAGUGAAAUGAACAGCUCCUUGACAUCGGCAUCAGUUGAGUUGCAGAAAACUUUAGUGGAUGUUAGUUUGGAGAACACAGAUAUAAGGGAUCAAAUAAGGAAUUUAAAACACACACAUGAGCAGUCCAUGGAAAAACUGAAAGAAAAGCAAAAACAGCUGGAAACAGCCCAAGUUGAAAAUCAGCUACUGAAACUAAAGGUAGAAUGCUCUCAGGAAGCCAAUGCUGAUGUAAUGAGAGAGAUGACCAGAAGACUGUACAGCCAGUAUGAAGAAAAACUACAACAAGAAGAACAGAAACAUAUAGCCGAGAAAGAAAAUCUAAUAGCAGAAACAAAUCGACUUCUGAAGGCCAUUGAGGAGGCAAAUAAGAAGAUGCAAAUUACAGAGACAAGUAUACAGGAAAAAGACAAGAGGAUUGGAGAGCUGGAUCGGUUCAUUCAGCGCAUGGAAGAGGAACGCCACCAGCUACAAAAACAACUGGUACAACAUGAAAUCCAGAUAUCUGGAGCAAAAUCUCAAAUCCAUUCAGACAGACGGAGGUCACAGCAUCUGGAAGAGGUUGCAGCUGGUCUUAGAGAACGAAUCAAACAUCUGGAUGACAUGGUCCAUUGCCAACAGAAGAAAGUCAAACAUAUGGUUGAAGAGAUCGAAAUACUAAAGAAAAAGAUCAUGCAAAAGGAAUUGUUUAUAAUGCAGCUUCUAGAAAAAAUCUCUUUCCUAGAAUGCGAGAAUAAAGAAUUACAAGACAGGUUGGACUACUUAAUGGAAACCCAGCCAAGGACUAAUGUAGAAACAAGAGAGAUCGGAGUAGGAUGUGAUCUUCCAUCCAGUAGUACAAACAUCGACAGCAGAAGGUCUCCUGAAACGUCAAGACCUGUGAGGACAUACACCCCAUUCAAGAGAGUCCUGGAGUUUACUGUGAAGAAUAAACAUGGCGGUCUCCUGUGGGCAACGGAAGCAGCUGGCGGAGCCGGUGCUGGGGAACCCCCCGCAGUGGCACGUGCCCAUUCCCGGCCGGCUGGCAGCAUGUCAUCGCCGCCAGGGGAAGGCGGGGAGCUGCGGGGCCGAAGCCUGCAAGAGCUGCAGGAGAUGCUGAGGCGCCAGGAGAGGCUGCUGGCCGCUCGGACUUUUAUUUAUAGACUUCCAGAUAAAGGUAAAAAGAUCUCUGAUUUUGUUGAAAAGCUGAAGCUUGCCAUAGCACAACAGGAAGAAUUAAGGAGGACAACUGAACUGUUGUCUGUUGUUAGACUGGAGUUUCAGACAAAACAAGAGGAGAUUAAUACAAACAAGCAAAGAGUUGCCCUGAGUGAGGACAAAUCAACAAAUAAAGUUUUCUCAUCUAUUUAUGAAAACUCUGCUACUAAUGUAAACAAAGCUUCUAAAACUGUUUUGCAAGACAAGGAAGCUGAAUGUACCGAGAAAAGAGAGACACAUACAGCUUUUGCAAAGGGCUAUAAAAAACGUGAUCAAAUAGAGAGUAUGAUAGAAGACCAUGCAAAAUCUCAGGAAAGUAAAUCCAAUUUAAAUUCAUCCUCAAUCAGCCUGAUGAAAAUUGAUCAGCAGAUACCUAAAUACAGUUCUCUGGGUGAAACAGAAAGUGCAGUGGAUGCUUCAGGCAACAGUGGUGACAUGCUGGUUGAUGCCUUUGAAAGAGUUGCAGUUGGAGAUGGGAAUAACAGUGAAAGAAAAUCAGAAAAAGAACAGAACAUUGCUAAAUUUAAGAAUAAUCCCUUUGGAAGCCUUCCCACCGUGGCACCAAAAAAACCACAUUAUAUUGAAGUUCUAGAAUCAAGAGCUAAGAACCCAAGAUCUAAAAAUAAAUUUAAAACCAACGUAUUACCAGCUGAGUGGAGUGGCUCAUCUCAUGAUUCCUCACCUAGUCGGUCACCUAGGAGACUUGAGUCUUCGAUUUCUGAAGAAGAAAGACGUCUUAGAGAUAAGAAACAUCUGGAUGACAUCACAGCAGCCCGGCUGCCACCACUUCAUCAUGCACCUACCCAAUUGUUAUCCGUAGAAGAAUCAAUAGCAAUUCAGACACAGCAAAAAGAAAUUUAUGAGGAAACGCAAGCCAAACUUGCCGCGCAAAAACUAGCCGAAAUGUUGAAUAUUAAAAUGGUCAGGUAUGAACCUGAAGGGGAAACCUCAAUGAAAUACAGAGAAGUGAGGGAUGAAGAAGACUACCAUUCAUUGGAAGACUGAGUUCAAAAAGGAAAAUAUCUGGCAAUGGACAGUGUAAUUGAUCUCUUGUGCUACCCUUUUAAAAACUCGAUAACCAGGAUUCUUGACCAUGUAGAUUGCUGUGUAUGCUAGAGGAGAUGUGGCACUGCAGCUCUGGGAAGGGAUUAAUAGUUUGAGUACAAAUGAUAUUGGUGUUUGUGGCCUGAUUUUCAUAGACCGAGAAUGUGCUCAGUGCCUCUGAAAAUUGCCCAUUGGGCUUUAUAUAGCUCAGCUAAAGUAGCUGUUCAACAUACUGUGGUAAGCAGUGACAAAGUGUCUACAAGAAGAUGCUUAUAGUUGGAGGAAAAAUGAACGUAAAAGGAAUAAUAUAUUUUUCCACCCUUAAACCUAUUGUGAAUAGAUAAGAACUCUGAGUUAUAAAAUAACUCAAAUCCUCUUCAGGCUCUAAGGGACGUUCUCUCCAGUUAUGGUGACCCUUGUUAAGCAAAUCUAGAGAUUUAAUUAAUUUGAAGACUAAUAUUUUCUAUUAAAGGCCUUGGUGUUUUUUUUCUCCAUACUAUUUUUGUACAUUGAUUAAACUUUUGGAAUACCA